UAACAACCAUGGUAUAUUUAUAUACAUCAAAAAAUGUGAAAAUAAUAAAAGACAUUCUUACCGAUUUCUACAACUCAUCGGAUACAUCACCUUGUGAAUACAUGAAAUGCUAUAUUGAAUCCUGGGACGACCCUACGGAUGAUUCAAAACUUUGUUGGAUUGUGGAGACUUUUCUCGGUAUUAUGAAACAUGACCAAUUCUUAAAACAGACAGUUGAUCAGUUCCCAUCGGAACUAAACGACGACGAUAAAGAUUACUUGUUGAUUAUAUUACAUGGUUUAAUCUUUCAAUUACAGUCAUCUGAUAUGAAUUUAUUGUACAAAUGUUUGUUCAAUUUACGUAAAAAUGUUUUGAACGCACUCACAAGUUCCUUAAAAACACUUGAUUUUCUAGAUCAGAUAUCGAAAAUAGCUCAGCCAAUUUAUGACACAAAUUAUAUUACCGAACAUAUAAUAGGGCCACUUUCUAACUGGCAACAUGCGAUGGAUAAAAUGGCACAAAUGUAUGCGGAAUAUUUGACUAAAAUAGAAAGCUUAAAGGUAAAACCACCGACUAUACCAAUUCAACCGAAUGUCUUGACGAGGAAAAAUAAGAGAUCAGAGGGUUCAGCUCCCCAAAAAAUAUCUAUUCCAGCAACUCCGCCAAAUUCAGUUUGUGAGAAAGCUAGACGCAUGCUUACAAAAAGUGUAAUUGAUAAAAAACUUAAACAAGCGUUUGAUAAUAACAAACAAAAAGCCAUGAAAAUCUUGAAUGAAAUAAAAAGCGAAAUGUAUCACUAUCCUCAAAAACGUCAUUUUGAAAAACCAAAACAAUGUAUCAACCUACAAAAUGACCCUGAACAAGAUUGGAAAAAGCCUUUCUCAAAAUCUAAUCAUAGGAAUUGGAAAAAAACAUCAUCCAUGCCAGUAAAGGAAAACAUAGCUACGCUUAAACGAUAUAAUGAAAGAAUGAAAUUAACUGAACGAGAGGAAAUACAAUGGUUGCAAGAUUUAUUACGAGAUUGUAGAAGUUUAAGCAAGUUUCAUGAGUUAGAGGAAUACGACCGUGAAGAAAGGGAACGGGAAAGAAUACUUGACAUAGAAAAAAAACAUAUACAAGGUCAAAUAUCAUUCGAAGAGGCACUAUUGGCAAAGAAAAAAGUUCACGAUGAAAAUAAAAAGAAAUAUGAAGACUUUAUGAAAGAAAAAGAAUUAUGGAAUAAAGAAUUGGAAAAAUGGAAUCAAGAACAAAUAGAAAUUAACCGAAAGCAUUUUGAAAAACUAUCCUUAAUUGAAUUAAAUGUGUUAGAGGCCCGUAAAAAUGUAACUAAGAAGAAGAAAGAAGAGGCAGAUUUGAUUAAAAAGGAAAAUGAAACUUUGCAAUUACAAUCCUUGCAAGCCAAACAGGAAGAGUUAAAAAGGAAAAUUCAAAUGAUUAAAGAAAUUAAAAUUUUGUCAAUCAUAGCCAAGAGAGCCAAGCUUCCUAAAAUCAUAGAUUUAACAGAAACAUCAGGAAUUGGCUUAUUAUGUGAAAUGUCGAUGGUAGAACUGCAAGAAAGGUUAAGUUCUAUGAAAAUGAAUCUCAAAGAGGAGUUAGAAGCAAAAAGCAAAUUUAUUAAAGAACAACAUGUUGCAGCAAAAAAGUCACUGGAAGAUACACGAAAGAAAGUUGCUGACUAUUUAGAUGAAAGAAAGAAACUACGAAAAAGCAAUAAAAAAACUCCAAAGCCAUCUAUCGAUGUGUCGACAAAAGAAAUAAAUGAUUUGAAAAUGGUUCUAGAAGCCAAACGAAAAUUACGCCAGCAAUUAACAUAG